GGAUUGUCCGUCCACCGUGCGGAUCCCCCAGUCUCAUGCACGCGCGAGCACGCUGUGCGUGCCUUUUCCGGCCCUGAGCGCCCUCUCGUGCGCGUGGUCGUCUGCUCGCCCGCUUCUGCAUCUGUAUCUCUGUUGCGCCGGGCCUUGCCUCGCGGUUCGCGAGAUCACGCCGUGGCAGAAAGACCACCCGCGCGAACGCGGUACAAAUAGCUCGUGCACGCAGCUUUGGGCUCCUCAGCCUCUGCCCCCGCCUCUGAGCGUCCUGCGCCUGCGCCCGAGCCCGACCACUGCCCCUGCGCCGUCUAUUGUCGAGCCAUGGCAUCCCGCACGUCCCUCGGCCGCCUCUUCGUCAUCGCAGGCGCGGCGCUCUGCGCGCUCGUGCUCGCCCCGACCGCGCACGCGACGCAGGUGAUGCAGCGCCCCGCGGACUACAAGGAGCCGCCGCGCGAGUUCGCAACGGGAGACCCGACGCCGAAUGUCGUGCGCAAGCGGGCAGACGACGGCUACAUCCAGGCAGCAUACUUCACGAACUGGGGAAUCUACGGCGCCAACUUCCAGCCGUCGAACAUCACGCCGUCUGACCUGACGCACAUUCUCUACGCGUUCGCGGACGUGUCCCCAGAUACUGGCAACAUCUCUCUCACCGACACGUAUGCCGAUGAGCAGAAACACUUCCCCGGAGACUCGUGGGACGAGACAGGCAACAACCUCUUCGGGUGUCUCAAGCAGAUGUACCUCCUCAAGCUCGCGAACCGCAACCUCAAGGUGCUCCUCUCCGUCGGCGGCUACACCUACUCGCAAGACGGGCACUUCUCGUUCGUGACCGACUCGAGCUUGCGCGCGACGUUCGUCACCAGCGCGGUGAGCUACAUCGAGAACUUCGGGCUCGACGGGAUCGACAUCGACUUUGAGUACCCGGACACGCCCGCCCUCGCACAGGGCUUCGCGGACCUCCUCACGGAGCUGCGCACCGCGUUCGACGCGCUCGCGACGAGCAAGGGCGACACGGUGCCGUACCAGCUCACGGCGGCUGUAUCGGCUGGAUGGGACAACUAUCAGUACAUGCUCGUCCCGCAGAUGGAUGCCGCGCUGUCGUACUGGAACCUCAUGGCAUACGACUACGCCGGCUCUUGGCUGAACUAUACUGCGAACCAAGCGAACUUGUACGACGCGUCACUGACGAACGUGUCUACGGACAAGGCGAUCAAGUGGUACCUCGGGCAGGGCGCGACCCCCAGCAAGAUCAACAUGGGUAUACCUCUCUAUGGUCGUGCAUUUGAGGAGACGCUGGGCAUUGGUGACUCUUAUGACGGCGUCGGCCCGGGCACCACACAGGCGGGCAUCUACUCGUACAGCGACCUCCCGCUCUCCGGGGCACAGGUCUACGAGAACUACACAGACGUCGCGAGCUACUCGUACGACUCGAGCAAGGAGGAGCUCGUGUCGUACGACACGCCAGACAUUGUCGCCAAGAAGGCGCAGUACGUGAUCAGCAACGGGCUUGCGGGCUCGAUGUUCUGGGAUCUCUCGACAGACAAGACCGGCUCCGAGUCGCUCGUGUACACCACCUCGCAGACGUACGGUAGCCUUGACCAGACGCAGAACCACAUCGACUACCCGGACAGUGAAUGGAACAACAUCGCGAACAACAUGGGUGAGAGCUCCAGCACCACGACCACGACCACGGCGACAGCGACCGCAACGGCGACGAGCUCGGCAGCGAGCGCGACUGGAUCGUCGGCUGCGUGCGGCACCGCGAGUGCAUGGAGCGCAUCGGCGACGUACGUCGAUGGCGAUGACGUCUCAUAUAACGGCGACCUGUGGACGGCGAAGUGGUGGACUAACGGCGACACGCCGGGAGGCUCUGCCGGUGUCUGGACGGAUGACGGGGCGUGCUAAACCCGUUUCUUGACCCGCUCGCGCGAGUGGGAACGAGGCGUGGGGCGUUCACGCAUCCACGAAAACUACGCUAUGUAUAAGUUAUGUGCAAAGGGCAAGAAUAGCUGGGAAUAUAUCGAGUGUACAA